UUAAACAGUUUCGCAAAAUUGCGGCCCAAAUAACUCAGCCCAAGAACUAGCUGCUGCAAAUUGCGAUGGAAGUUAAUUUGGGACAGGACGGUAGCUGAGCGCCUGAGCCUGAGAUCAGAGAAGAUGAUGGGGGAAGUGGAGAAGAUGAUCGCAGUGGGUCUGGUAUGGGGCGCCACAAAUGCUAUCAUGCGCCGGGGUGCCGUUCUAUGGGACCAAGCUGUGAAAUCCACAUCAAGGGCAGAUCCCAACGCCAAGCUGUACCAGAGAGCACUGUUGUCCCUCCGCAACUGGUUCAAGCUCCUAUGGAUCUGGCAGUACUCCAUCCCCUUUCUCGUCAACCUCUCCGCCUCCCUCACUUUCUUCGCCAUCCUCUCACACGCCCCACUCUCCCUCGCCGUCCCUGUCACCAACGCCACCACCUUCGCCGCCACCGCCGUCUUCGGCAUCCUUCUCGGCGAACGCACCCACCUUCUUCGCGCAUCCGUCGGUACCGCUUUUAUCGUUUCCGGCCUUUUCCUUUGUAUCAAUUCCUAACCUUUCAACUAUCUCUGUUUAUGCGUCAUUCUGUUACUUCCAUUGUCAGAUUCAAGUUUUGUUGUAUCGUCGAAUUGUAAUCAUGUCCCGAGCUAGGUUUUAUUUUUUCAAAAUUACAGUAGUUUAUUAGGCCUGUUCAGUUCUCAGUACGGAAAUUACCAAAGCAUUGUCCUCUUUUGGCGAUGAUGAAAAAUUAUUGUGUGUUAAGUAGAUAACUAAGCAUACAAAGCAGCAUUAUUAGUUCUUGGUGAGCAAGAAUCGAGUCACCAAGCCUCGCGAGGCUUUAAAAAAUGGGGCAAUGACUGAGAAAAAAAAAAGAACCAGCAUAUGAUCCUUAUAGUUAGAGUUGUGUUUUAGAACAUUCUGGAGGCAACUGGCCGUUGAAUCUCUUGGAAUCGGCACAGUAGUCGUAGAUCAUGUAAUUCUUUCUGACCCAGUUCAACUGGCCUUUUUCGGAGUAACUUAGCUGCUUGUAUAGGGGAGAAAUCCACCAAUUUGCAGGGACAUUGGAGGCACAGUGAUUGAUGCUCACUGCCCCAUUCCACUUGCAAGCCCUUGCUCUGAAAUGAUGAAAGCUGGCUAUGAAUGGUGCACCUCUCCAGUCAGUCUUAACAAGCCCUCCUCUAGUUGCCCAGUCAUCUGCAUUCCAUAGGCUGCUGUAUACCCUCAUUCCAUGCUUGUUUGGAUACGCAACGCCGUGAUUUUCGUAGUUCUGAAAAACCCGAAUCGGCAGACCAUCAACAUACCACCUGAGAUAGCAGUGCAGUGCAGUGAUAGUUAAAGAUCAUCACAUCCUUAGAUAGCAGUUAAAUAAUUGUGUUAUCAUCAACUUACACAAUUUGCGUGGGGUUCCAGUGAAUGGUGUAGUUGUGAAAGUCAGCAGCUGGGUCAAACCAGAGGUAAAAUUGUUGCUCUUUGUUUCCUUUUCCUUGUGUAUAUAUGUUGGUAUUGACAGUGUAUGGUUGUCCUGUAAUGUUGCCUAAGAACUCAAAAUCUAUCUCAUCAUGCUGACUUCCCGUGGAGGAUAACUGUACACAAUAUUUUGGGAGAAGCAUUAGCAAUCCAUUUUGUGUGGAAAGUAUAAGAGAUUAUUGUGACCUUUUUAGCUCAUGUGACUUUGACUUACAUAGUAGGCUGUUACUAUUCCUGCG